AUGCGGAAUGGAAGGAUGGAGCCUCUUGCUCGAAGCACUUGUAAAAGCUCUCACAGGCAAAAUCAUUGCUGUUCUCACCCAGAGGACCGUGCCUCAGAGUCGGGAGCUGCAGUUCUAAAGCCCCACAGUAGAUGGCGCUGUGCCACGCAGAUUCCCAGGAGGUUCAGUCUUGCGAGGCAAUUGACCUACAGGGAGGCAUUGGUUUUCUGGAUGUUCCUGCUGGUUUCGCCCGCCCAGAAAGAAGAGACGAGGAAAGAGAACGUUCACUCUAAACAUCACCAUGUAAGAGUUUCACAAGACAACUUCAUGGGACUUUUCUUGGAAAUGGACGCAAUCUGUCCAGUUUGCCUGGACUUUUACUCUGAUCCUGUUUAUUUCUCCUGCUCCCACGUAUUUUGCUUGGAGUGCAGUAAAAAGUGGUUCACAAAGACAGAAGACUUGAUAAUGACCUGUCCCUUGUGUCGAGAAGAACACAAGAGUCCUAUCAAGUUUGAUGGAGUAAUGAAACAGCUGGUCAUCCUUCUAAAACAGCAUGGACCCUUACUGAAGAAACAUAUAGGGAAGAUCACUGGACUCCUGGGAUUGGUCUCAGAGGGUAGGGCUCUGGCAACUAAGACUCCUGAGCCCUCCCUGGAGCCUUCUAAUGAUUUAAGGCCUGUCUGCUGUGAGAAGCCUGGUCAUAAUUUGGUGGAAGAUCCCAGAAGAUUCAUUCCCUCAGCUGGUGUGGUGGACUGCUCCCAAUUCUUUUCAGUCUGCCACUGGGAAGUUGAUGUGGAGAAAAAAGGGAAGGAAUGGGCUCUAUGUAUUUGCAAGGAGCCAGUCAGCAGGAGGAACAUCUAUUUACUCUGUGAACAUGAGUUCCAGUUGUUUGGCAAGAAGACAAGAGGAAUCAGAGUUAAUUUUAUCUCAGAAAGACACCAUGGAAGCCCUGGCCUUUGCCAGGUAAGGAUUUGCAAAGCCCUGACUACUGAAGAAACCAUGUUUGUGAUGAGGAAAGUAAUGACCUCACCUACUAGCACCAUUCUCUGUGCUUCUUGGAGCCCACUCCUUUGUUCCACUUUGUUGCCAGUGGAAGUGAAAAGUGGUGCCCCAUUUGAACAUCUGCCUUUGGGUAAUUCAUCAAUUACUAGUUUUCAGAAGGUCAAGUUACCAGAGACUGGAGGACCAAGGUAA